CAACCCACCAUGACUGAUUACCGUUUGCCUUUUCGUCACAAUGCGGCCCCGGCUCGGAAACCCGUGCCGGGCUCAUCUUCCGGGUAUCCCGGGCCCGCCUAUGACCCUCAACAACAUCAACCACCACAACAGCUGUCCCCCCUUCCCACGGCCGCCUCCCUCGCCCAUAGUCGCAACCGGACCUCCUCAUCCCAUGUGCUGCCCUACAUGGCCCAGCAGCAGCAGCAGCAGCAGCAAUAUAUGGGUAGUGGUCCCUCGCCGCUUCCCACCAUGACCUCCCCCCUCCACUACCCGCCCUCGCGGCGCUUAUCGAGCGCCACCACCUCCAGCAACUCCACCGGCAACCCCGCCGCCCCCUUCUCCGACAUCCAUCGGAGUGCCUCGUCCCGGUCCACCCAGGGCCAGCUCGGCUACGUGGCCUUGAUGCGCCGGCAGAAGGCCACCGUCUGGUGCGACCGCUCGCAGCCCGAGGAUCCCCGCCUCCGCGCCCAGAAGGUGGCGGACAAGAAGCGAGCCUAUCUGGAAGUCCACGGCGCAGGCGCCGGACGCAAGGGACCGCUCGCCGGGGGCAAGAGCAAGCACGGCGCCAAGGGGGCCGCCGACUUCUCCGCCUCGACGCUCGUGGGCGCCAAGGUGCCGGUCCGCCUCAGCGCCAACGAGAUCGGCGACGCCGAGGAUGACGCCCGCAGCGACUCGGGUUUCCCCUACCGUCGCACGGGCAGCGGUCGCAGCUCGAUCGGGAGCGCCCACCGCUACCCCAGCGGCUACCAGCGGGCCACCCCGCAGGGCACCAUGGGGAGCAACGGCACGCCUCCGAACGAGAAGACCGACCUGCCCGAGGUGACGGAGCAUCCGCCCGCCGAGAGUCACGCCGACGACGAUAAGGCGGACACGGGCUCCCUACGGGACGACACCGGUACCCUGCACAGCCGCGGCAGCGAGCGCGAGAACAGUUUCGGCAGCGUGGGCGACAUGACGGCCCCGAGUGCGGCCCAUACCGCCGUCCAUAAGGUCAACAAGGCCGACGAACUACGGCGUCGGGGCAGCGUGGAUGACCGUACUACAUCUAUGACCAACGUGCGCCUCUUCGUCGCCAAUCCGGACUUGAGCGAUUAG